AUGGAUAGAAGGUUUUAUUCUAUCGUGGAUCUACAUGCCAUCACUCUUCCCCAGGACCCGCAGAUGCUGCUGCAACGCACAAGAGAAACAUAUGCAUCAUUAAUAGCCAUCGGCCUGAAUCCCAAAAAGAGUUUGAUAUUCAGCCAGCAAGACGUCCUUCAACACACCCAGCUGAUGUGGAUCUUGAGCUGCCAUGCGAGCAUGGGUUAUUUAGGACGAAUGACACAGUGGAAGAGCAAAGCCGGGAUGGCAGACAAUGCGGACCCCUUAGAAACUUCCGCUCCAAACAAACCUGCCCUCAAGCUUGGCCUCUUCUCUUAUCCCGUCCUCCAAGCCGCUGAUAUUCUCCUUUACAAUGCAACUCACGUUCCUGUCGGCGAAGACCAAGCACAGCAUCUGGAAUUCACACGAGAGCUUGCGAACAGCAUCAACCACGUUUAUGCCAAAUCAGACUCUCCCUUCAGGGGUUUCUCCCUACCACAGACAAUUCACUCACCUGCCAAACGUAUAAUGUCCCUCCAAGAGCCCACCAAGAAAAUGUCCAAAUCAGACCUGGACGAGAGAUCCCGCAUCCUAAUUACCGACUCCCGUGAACAGAUACACCUCAAGAUCAAACAUGCGCUUACCGACUCCAUUUCCGGCGUUUCCUAUGAUCGGAAAUCUCGGCCCGGUGUGUCCAACUUGAUAGACAUCAUGUACUACAUGGACGAGAGCAAGUACGACUCGCCCGAGGUUAUCGCAGCCGACAUGCUUGGUAGAGAUCUCAGCUUGAAAGCCUUGAAAGAGCAGGUCGCUACUACUAUUGCCGACGGGCUUGAGCCGAUAAGAGAGCGGUACAACGAGCAGAUGGCAAGGUCGCUCAAGGACGUUGACUUGGAGAUGGCCGAGGCCGCGAACAAAGCGAGGAGUGCAGCGGGAGCGAACCUGCGCAGAUUGAAGGAGGCGAUGGGUAUGCGCCAACGCCUUACGUACAUGAAGUCUUGA